CACAAGAUCUUCUCUUCUCUUCCCUUCUCUUCUGUUCUCUUCUCAGUCAGUCAAGAGUGAGAGAGAAUGUCAAACACAAGCGAAAAUGGUGAAACACAGCUCAAGGUACCAUUGUUGGAAGACAGAGGAAAGAGCACUGAAUUAGUAGAAAAAGAAGAUGGAGACAACCCUCGGCUGAGUAGCAGAGUUUGGGUGGAGACGAAGAAGCUAUGGCGGAUCGUGGGCCCCGCCAUCUUCAGCCGCAUGACGUCGUACACCAUGUUCGUCAUCACCCAGGCCUUCGCCGGCCACCUAGGCGACCUCGAGCUCGCCGCCAUGUCCAUCGCCUCUAAUGUCAUAGUCGGCUUCGACUUCGGCCUCCUGUUAGGCAUGGCGAGCGCGCUAGAGACGCUAUGCGGCCAGGCGUUCGGGGCGAAAAAGUACUACAUGCUGGGGAUCUACCUCCAGCGGUCGUGGAUCGUGCUCUUCGCGUGCUGCGUUGCGCUGCUACCGCUCUUCUUCUACGCCACCCCGAUCCUGAAGGCGGUGGGGCAGCCGGACGACGUGGCGGAGCUGUCGGGGACGGUGGCGCUGGUCUUCAUCCCGCUCCACUUCAGCUUCGCCUUUACGUUCCCGCUGCAGCGCUUCCUUCAGAGCCAGCUCAAGAACAGCGUCACCGCGUACGUGAACCUCGUCUCGUUUAUCGUGCACGUGCUCAUGAGCUACCUCCUCGUCUACCGCCUCAGCCUCGGCCUCGUGGCCACCGCCUUCACCCUCAACAUCUCGUGGUGGAUCACGGUGUUUGGUCAGUUCAUCUACGUUGUCGGUGGCGGAUGCCCCCAUACGUGGACCGGGUUCUCGACCCAGGCCUUUUGCGGUCUGUGGGAUUUCCUCAAGCUCUCGGCUUCUUCCGGCGUCAUGCUAUGUCUGGAGAAUUGGUACUAUAGGAUUCUGAUUGUGAUGACCGGAAAUCUCAAGAACGCGACGAUCGCAGUUGAUGCAUUAUCCGUCUGGUGUUUGAAUGAUGAAGGGGUGGCCGUUGGAUCUGGAUGGCAAUCAUACGUGGCAUACAUCAACCUAGGGUGCUACUAUUUGGUGGGAGUUCCACUUGGAGUUUUGAUGGGAUGGGUAUUUGACCAAGGAGUUAUGGGAAUUUGGGCUGGUAUGAUAUUCGGUGGAACUGCAGUUCAGACACUAAUACUUGCUAUUAUUACAAUAAGAUGUGACUGGGAAAAAGAGGCGGCUAAGGCAACUAUGCAUGUGGACAAGUGGUCAGAUUCAAGAAACACUGCAUAAACUGAUAAAGAGAUAGGGCCAACAUCAAUUUUUUUUGUAAUAAUAUCUUCUUCAAGUACUUACUAAAAUUGUAAUUUAAGUGACACCUAGAAUUCAAGUUCAUAUAUAAUGAUGAUGUAUUGGAUUGGAUUUAAGGUUACAUAUUUUGUAAAGAUUUUGGUUA